AUGGCCGAAGGGAUCGACACUUUGCAAUCCCUGUACUCGCGUUUGAGGAGGUCGUUUUCCGACGGCCAUUCUUCAAACGCAGCGGGUGGGUCUUGUCGUACUUCUCAACGAGACCAAGGACAUCACCAAUCAUCUGGGCACGAGGCUCCCAGCUGUCCCACGCCGGUGGAUAGCCACGCCAGCGGACGAGAUAACUCGUCCAGACGCCAUUCACAUCGCGGUGGUUCAAAAUACGCUAUACUAGGAAGCGUUGACCACCGCUUGAGUCCACCAAAGGAAGUGGUGCCGGUGGGAACACCUGAUUCGGCUCGAGGGUCGGAUCAAGUUGAUCUUCAAGAGCUGAACCGUGUAAUGGAACCGUUGCAAGAUGACCUGGCUCAUGAACGAUCUCGGCGUUAUGGGCUUGAUGAUCUUGUAAGGGAUGAUUACAAUUCCCUAAUGCACGAUCGUUCGGACGAUCGUGCCGCUUUUGCGUUCGCGCAACUUGAUAACGAACAUUCGGCUUGUUUUCUUCGGGAUGAGCUGGCUGUAGCUCGUCAGGAAAUUGCUCAACUGCGUGAACAGGUCGCUUCGCUAGUCGACCAGACUGGCUCGUUGAAACGGGACCACUUCAGGGUGGUCUCGGCUCUCGACCGUGGAGGUAUUCUUCGCAUCUAG